CUUCUUCCCGUUUCUUUUGUUGUCUUCCAAUGGUAUAAGAACCUGAGUGCAAGCUAUCAAAUCUCCUUCCGUUGGAUUAUAGGCAUCCGUUUCAGUGUAUAAAGUCUCAACCUGUAACGGCUGAGCACAACUCCAAGCCAUGCCCCCCCACACCUACAUCUCCGUCACACGGAAGCCCUUAUCCCUCAAGCCAUUUCUAAGAUCACCCGGAGCAUCAAUCUACAAGCUCCUCCUCCCCUCUCCUCUCCGUGCCGGCCGCUGCUUGCUUCCCUUUCUGGCCUUCUGGGCACUGCUCAGCAUAUCCCAGCUCCACCCCUCCCUCCCCAUCUCCUGCUCUCCUCACCUCCACCAUGUCAGGCUGAGCUGGAGGCCCCGACGGGGACCCGUAGACGAGUUCUGGAAAUGGGCGCAGUCGGAGGUGCCGCAGCUCGUGCCGUGCACCAACUACAGCGAGCCGCACCGCCAUGCGUCGAUCUCGGGGAAGUACAUGCUGGUGGUGGUCUCGGGAGGGCUGAACCAGCAGCGAAACCAGAUCAUCGACGCCGUGGUGGUCGCCAGGAUCCUGGAGGCGGUGCUCGUCGUCCCGGUGUUUCAGGUCAACCAAGUUUGGGGUGACGACAGUGAAUUUGGUGAUAUAUUUGAUGUUGAGCAUUUCAAGAAGACGUUGAAGGAUGAUGUGGUGGUGGUCUCGUCGUUGCCGGCGACGCACAUAAGAAAACGGCGAGUUAGGGCGCCGUCGAUGCCGUUCAAUGCCGACGAGGGUUGGAUUCGGAGUAAUUACUCGAGCAAGCUUGACCGAGACACCGUCUUGCUUCUCCGAGCAUUUGACUCCAGGCUCGCAAAGCAUCUCAGUGUCGAUCUACAAAAGCUUCGGUGCAAGGUGGCUUUUGAGGCUUUAAGAUUCAAGCCAUGGAUCGAGUCACUGGCGAAUAGUUUUGUUGAGAGAAUGGAGGAAGAAGGACCCUUCUUGGCCUUGCACCUUCGUCUAGAGAAGGAUGUGUGGGUGAGGACAGGGUGUCACUCAGGAUUGGGUAUCGAAGCAGACCUUGCAAUAGAAAGAAUACGUUCUUCCAAACCACAUCUCCUGACUUCACGUUCCAAGCUCACUGCUCAGGAGCGUUCUCAUGCCGGUCUUUGCCCUCUGAACGCCAAUGAGAUAUCCAGGUUGCUCAAAGGACUUGGUGCACCAAGAAAUAUAAGAAUUUACUGGGCUGGUGGUGAGCCAUUUGGAGGAGUAAAGGCAUUGCAACCACUCGAGUCUCAGUACCCAAACUUGUUCAACAAAUGGGACCUCGCAAAUCCUCAAGAACUAGAUGGAAUUAAGGAUAAACCAUCCAUUAUGGCAGCACUAGAUUACAUUGUUUGUCUCAGAAGUAGAGUGUUCUUGGCAAGCCAUGGGGGGAAUAUGGCACGUUCGUUACAGGGGCAUCGAACUUUCAUUGGUAGCGGAAAGAACAUUAAGCCAAAGAAGAAGUUAUUAGUGCAGUUAUUCCUUGAUGGGAGCUUAACUGAUGCAGAGAUGAGGAAUCGGAUACAGCAUAUACAUAGAGAAUCUACUGAUCUAUCAUCGAUCAUGAAAAAUCAAUCUAAGAUCGAUGUGAUUGCGUUUCCUACACCAUAUUGCAUGUGUAGUGGAGGAAGGAGUAGUAAUGUCUCGGCUUCCAAUUAGCUUUUCGAUCUCAUAUCCAUUAGUUUUUUGUAUGGCUUGAAUAUAUGGUUAUAUAAAUAUACAAGUAAAAUUGUA